GUCAGCUCACGAAGAGACAACUAACUUUGGUGGGUCGCACCUAUCAAUAGAUCUUGAAAGAGGCAAAAGCUUAUUCGAUAAGAGUCAAGAAAAUAGUGAAGAUGUAGCAUACUUCACUAAUGCGAUUACUGAGUUACUUUUGCAGGUAGAAAUUCAAAACAGGGAAAUAAAAGGAUUGAGAGAAACAAUAAGUAAAUAUUGUAAAGAGAUACUUUACUUAAAAGAAUUAUAUCAGAAGAAGUGUGAAGAGAAUGAUAAACUCAUUCAACAUUGGGAUUCUCGGCAUAAUAACCAGCAUAAAUGUAUAGAAGAAGUUAUUAAUAUCACUCAACAUAAACGAGAAA